AACGUGUUUUACAGUUACCUGUAGACGUUUAGCGAAUUAUAUGAAAUAUUUCCAAUCCAUACGAAACACGCUGGCGAUCGAACCAAGCACAAACAAUAGUCCAGUGAUGAUCGUUGUCGGUCGAAAGCAGUGUAAUAUUUGUGCAUCCGUAUUUUAUAAAUCUUGGUAUUUCGUUAAAAAUAUACGCGUAAUAUUUGUGUGUUUAUACCUAUGUGCAUAAAGAGAAGAGUUAUUGAAUUUUAAACGAUAAGAAUUAAAAAAAAAACCGUCCCAGUAUUUAAUUUCAUAUUAUUAGUGUUUGUAAUGCCUCAAAUUCAGCCCGAGGCAUUUGCGGAGGAGCAAGCGCAAACCAGCAAGGAAACUCACUACCCUCUCUUUUGCUCUGUGCGUUUAACCUACACAAUAUGCGCCUUCCUUGCCAUGAUUAUGCACUUAUGCAUGCGCAAUAUAUUCAAUUUUACCAUACUUUGCAUGGUGCAGCAGGAAGAUGUGGUAAAUGUGACGGUCACUGGUAAUAAUGAGUCCACAAAAUAUGUGUAUUCAAUAGUAAAUAAUACGGAUUCGCGUGAAAAUUCGGGCGACAUUCCAUGGACACGUCAGGAGGAAUUCGCUAUACAAGCAACUUUUUACUACGGUUACUUGGUUACACUGCCAUUUGCCGGUCGAUUGGCUGACAGAUUUGGUGGUAAAUUCUUCUUUAUACACUCUGUGACUAUGCAGGCAGCACUAUUCAUGCUGAUACCAACAUUCGCACACUUCAGCUAUCUAGGAACAUCCGCAAUACGAUUGCUGCAGGGAUUAGUGGCGGGUUUCGGCAAUCCAGCACUAUAUCAACUCUUUUCUACGUGGGCUCAUCGCACGGAGCGUAGCACGUUAUUAUCGUUUGCCUAUGGUGGUUACUCGGUUGGUACACUAAUUGCCUUUCCACUCUCAGCACUACUUUGUCGUUACAAUUGGGAAUUAGUAUUCUAUAUAGUUGGCUCAGUUGCUUUGGUCUUUGGUAUAUCCUGUCAUUGGUUGGUGUAUAACACUUUAGAAGAACACCCUAGAUUGUCGGAGGCGGAGCGUGCAUAUUUGAAAUCCACAAAUGAUGAAAAAUCAAAGUCAAAAUCCAUACCUUGGUCCCACAUUCUGUCAUCGGCGCCGGUUUACGCCUUUAUAUUGACGCACGUUUUGCAUAGCUAUGGCAUAAUCGUAUUUACAAUGAUGUUGCCUCGUUUUCUGAAAGAAGCUCUGGAUUACUCACUAUCUGAAGCGGGAAUAUAUGCUUCAACGCCAUUCCUGGGUGGCAUUAUUGCGAAAAUCAUAAUUUUUCCAGCGUGCAGGUAUAUUGAAAAGAAGCCGAGCUAUAAACCGACACUCUAUGGAAAAAUAUUUUAUGUGUUAUGCAACAUCUUUACAAUAAAAUUUUUGAUUGUCGUUAUGUUAUUGAAUGCCACGCAACGCAUGUUUAUUAAUUUAUGCAUUCUAUUUGUGGGAAUUUUUUCCGAUAUGGCAUUUUCUGGUGGCUACUGGCCCAGUUUAUUACAUCUAACACCGUCGUAUGCGGGUUUACUCUCGGGUAUUGCGAAUGCCUUUUCAACAAUUGACGGUUUCAUUUCACCAAUAAUCAUUUCCGCUAUUGCAGUGCAGGGCACAAAAUCCGAAUGGAAUUACGUAAUGCUUACAUUGCUCAUAUCCUACUUGUUAGCUGCAAUAGUAUUUGGAACACUUGGCAGCUCGAAAUUACGCUCAUGGAACAAUCUAAGCGCCAAUGACAGUGUUUAAGCUUUAAAUAUUGUAAAUAUUUGAAAACUGUGCUUUUUUAAUUGUUGUGAUAAUUUUUAACAUAUUUAGUUUAUUUUUUUAUUUGUAUAGCUUUAGUAAAAUAAGUGUUAAAUGUGCUAUUUAUAUGUUACAUAAAAAAAUUAUUUAUUACACGAAAGUUUGAGAUGAAUAUGAUUCUUAAAUCUUAUUAGAAUUUAUGUAGUCAUGCGGAACACCUCGGUUUAUUUGCCCUGAAUUAAGUAAAACUACGAAUGCUCCAACUCUAACUCACUACUAUUCCACAGUUGAUCAAUCACACAAGCAACAAUAAUUUAUAAUAAUUUCAAUUUUUAAUUUUUAAAAAGUGUUCAUACUCGUAAUCAAUAUUCAAAUAGACUUUUACUCAAACAAAUCCAAUUAGAAUACAAUAUGAACCAAGACAACUACAGUCGAGUUUGAGUUAGCAGCACGACUUGGAUUUAUUUGUCACUAUGGAGUGCCCAUUUAGCAAUAUUCCUGCAAAACCAUAAACAGAAAUAUUCCAACAACGAUACCGCGCUACGAAAGCUUUAAUAUUUAUCAAAUAAAAUUAUUUUUUUAAGACAAACCUUGCAUGUCUGCUAUCGGUUAAUUACCAGGAAAAACUACCAAAGAUUUUCGAUAAAGUUUCUAUGAACUUUUUAAAGCCAAAUCGACAAAACUACCCAAAACUCUUGUAUACGUGAUGAGUUGCAAUUUGUGUAUGUGUUAGUUGUACACGCUAAUUUUUUAUUUAUUCUGUACAAAUAUUAUUAAAUUCUACCAACACUGUCAAAAUAAUUUAAGAGCGCACUGCAACACUUAUUUGCUAGAAUGAAAAAAAUCAUCACUGAGUUUUGCGUUACACCAGCACUGUCGGAACGAGCUACAAAGAUUUUUGCAUUUUUUUGAAGGAACUAUUGUUUGGCAUUUUAGCUAUAAGCAGAUUUACAAAAGUUCUGGU